AUUGCUGGGCCUCCAGGGCCUUCCCGGACCUUCCUACUCGAGCCUAAGCGUAGUUCUUGUUGGUUUAAUUUCCCGUAUUUUUUCCAGGCACUUCCGGGUCCUGCGUCCCACCCCCCAGGAAGCCCGCAAGUUCCAGAAGCUUGGGUAGCUCUGGUUCUGCUAGGAAAAGCCAAGCAUCCUAGAGAAUGUUGCACAGAAAGUUCCGUGGAGUGGGACGUGUAAGACUGCGGAAGAACCCUCCAGGAACAGAAUCCCUGACUGCUUCUCUGGCCCCAGGGCUUAUCUUCUGUUGGAGGAAAUCACCCAUUAAAGAAUAGUGUAUGCACAGUUCAGCAAGGUCCAGAGGAAGAACAGAGUGCCAGGGAGCACCUAGAGGAGGCAGCUAACCAGAUGUGGAGAGUCCAGAGGAAGUGAUGCCUACCUCAGUGCUUAAGAACUUGGGUUCCUGACCAGUAUGAAGCAAGGAUUUCACAGAAGAACUUACAGCCAAAAUCCCCACUACUAUAGGCUUAGAAGUCUUGACAGAACUACAGGAAGGGGGAAAAGAGCCCUUUGGAGAAGGCAUGGCUUCCAGAGAAGAGACUGCAAAGAGCACACACAGGGUGCUAAGGAUAAGUCAGUUGGAUGCACUUGAAUUGAAUAAGGCCUUGGAGCAGCUGGUGUGGUCCCAGGUUACUCAGUGCUUCCAUGGGUUUCAGCCAGGGCUGUUAGUUCGGUUUGAACCUGAGCUAAAAGCCCUCUUGUGGCUUUUUCUAUGGCGAUUCACCAUUUACUCUAAAAAUGCAACUGUGGGACAGUCAGUUUUAAAUAUUCAGUACAAAAAUGAUUUUUCUCCAACCCUGAGAUACCAGCCACUGAGUAAAAACCAAAAGCUCUGGUAUGCUGUCUGUACAAUUGGUGGGAAGUGGUUAGAAGAACGGUGCUACGAUUUGUUUCGAAAUCAUCACUUAGCAUCAUUUGGGAAAGCCAAACAGUGUGUGAACUUUGUGAUUGGACUUUUGAAAUUAGGGGGAUUGAUUAACUUCUUGAUUUUCCUCCAAAAGGGCAAGUUUGCAACUUUGACAGAACGUCUCCUAGGAAUGCGGUCUGUAUUUUGCAAGCCCCAGAAUGUGCGUGAGGUUGGCUUUGAGUAUAUGAAUAGGGAGCUUCUCUGGCAUGGUUUUGCAGAGUUUCUCAUUUUUCUCUUACCACUCAUCAACAUCCAAAAGUUGAAAGCCAAGUUAUCUUUGUGGUGCAUCCCUCUCACUGGUGCUCCUGAUGGUGACAGCUCAUUAGCCAGUAGCGGAAAACAGUGUGCUCUGUGUGGAGAGUGGCCCACCAUGCCCCACACUAUAGGCUGUGAGCACAUCUUCUGCUAUUACUGUGUUAAGAGCAGUUUCUUGUUUGACAUGUACUUUACUUGUCCUAAGUGUGGCACUGAAGUACACAGUGUGCAGCCACUGAAAUCAGGAAUUGAGAUGUUAGAAGUGAAUGCUCUUUAGAAACUAAAAUUAUUUCCUUUGAGGAAAACUGUAUUAUGUUUAAAUCUAUAGUAUUAUUCACCCUAAUAUACCAAUUAGGUGUCUUUAAUGAGAGCAUGUGCUUCUUAGCCACCUUUCUGCCCUUGCCAAGCAUGUCUAAAAUCUAAUCACUGGAAUUCACAGGAUUCAAAAUAUAUUCUGUAGAUGGUAAUGUAGUAUUUUCUUUAAUGAUUGCAUUCAAUUUUUAAUGUCAGGAAUAAUGGACAGUUUUUGUCAGAUGACUACUAACAAUGUUCCUUCACUUUGCUACUUCCUAGAAAAAGGUUAGAUUCUAAAAAUAAAAGGUUUUGAAGACCUUGGGAUGAUCAUGCAUUUAUUUUCAGAGAUGGUAUUAUAACAUCAUAAUCUGACAGUGGUACGACCCUGUUGCUUUGAAUCUUCUGAUCUGAUGGCCCAGUUGUAAUUUUAAGCUUUUCCCUGAAGCCAGUUUUUAAAGGGUUCAGUUGACUCCCUUCUCAGGCAGAAUGAUGGCCACUAGAAGCUGAAGAUUUACAUCCUAUAUGCUUUCUGAUCCCGCUAGAAUCAGAGCUUCUUGCCUCAAAGCUCAGCAAAAUCCAGAAGUCAGCUGUCAUUUGUCUGCCUGGGAUUGUGUGCACAUUCCUGAGCCAGGAAGGAAAAUUUCUGCUCCUGAUGAUUCAAAUAUGGAUGACAUGCCCUGAUAUAAACCAUGUGAACCUAAAGUUGGAGAGGAGGAGGCAAAGCAUAGGAAGCUGAGGUGAUGGUACAAGAACAGUGGGUUAUGGUCUGGUAGACAUGAUAGGUCCCUCCUAGAGUCACUGUUACCCUUCUUAAUACCCAAAGUCUAUGUGCAUUCUUAAUAUUUUAUCAGUGAUCUAUUCUGAUAAAGACAUGAAUGAGUGACCAAAUGGUGGUCUUCCAUUGCAGAUAUGAAAGGAUUAAAUAAAGUCAACGAGAUUUUGUUACACUAA